GCAAGUGUCGUAUAAAAAGCGAACAGUUGUGCUUGUUUAGUAGGCAGUACUUCUCCCAACUCCCAGCGAUUUAGAUUAAAAAUGAAAUUCCAUCUUGUUCUUGUAUUUGCUGUCGUUUACGUUAACUUCGUAUUCUCUUAUCCGAAUGGAGGAAUCCUGCAAACGCGUGAGGCGCCUAAAGGCCUAUUGGAAUCUGCACAAGCUGGUAGUAAGCCGGCGAACUUUGACUCUCCUGAAUUCGCACGCUUAGUGUUUCGCUGCGUUCCCGAUGAUGUUUGGUCGACGUUGAAGGCUUGCGAGGAAGAAACAACAUCUAAAUUGAACACAUCCACGCACGCUGCAGUGAAUAUUGGUCCUCUUCGAGACCAUAGUGUUGAUGGGAUUAACAAAUCUGAUUCAGACAAAUUCAUUUGCGACGAAGACGAACAUGACAAGGUUUUGAGUGAUUGUAUGUUAAAGAAAUCAGGAGCGAUGGACGAAUUGACUGGUCAGUUUGACAUGGAUAGUUAUAUCAGCAACUUUGAAAAUACUACGCUCUCUUCCGAACAGAAGUCUUCAGCUAUAUCAUCUUUCAAGUCCUGUAUGAUGGCUAAUUUAAUCGCACCAACUUUACCGAUUUUUAUUAAACGGGGCGCAUCCGCGGAUAAAACGGAGGCUCAUGCAAAUGGCAACUUCGUUUCUGCAAGUUUCACUCUAGGGUGUGACAUGGCCUCCGUAAUUCAGAACGGCUGUUCCGAUGCUUCCGUCGCUGACUCCACCAUAGCUUGGGUCCUACAGCAAAUUCAGAUCGGCAUUGCUAAAGACAAUCAUUAAAAGUACUGCUGGCAUUUGUGUUAUGCUUCUUGAAUGCGAUACUAAUCAGAUAGAAGAGAUGAGUAGCUUGCACCAGCAACUUGGUAGUUUUCAAGAAAUCAAAAUUACACUGACAACUAUUAUCCUUUAACAUUUUGUACCAAUGACAUUAUUAUUAUACGCUUUAUCGCAUGUUGAAAA